UCGGGCCCGCGGUAGGGGGCGGGGUCGCGCCUCCUCCGCGGCUCUGGUUCCAGUGGAGCUUCACGGACGCAGAGAUGGAAAUCCCGAGGCUGCUCCCGGCUCGCGGGAUGCGACAAGGCGGAGGGGCUGGCAGCCCCGAGGGCGGCGGCCGGAUCCGCGGAGGUCCUGACCUGCGGGCCGGUCAGGCCCCGGCGCGCCGCCUCCUGCUGCUCCGGGGCCCCCAAGAUGGCGGGCCCAGGCGGCGGCGUGAGGAGGCCAGCGCGGCUUCUUCGUGCCCAGGCCCGGGCCCGAGCCCGUUGGCGCUGAGGCCCAAUGACGCUAGCGGCUCCGGCAGCGGCGGCGGCAGCAGCGGCGGCGAUGACUUCUUCCUGGUGCUGCUGGACCCGGUGGGUGGAGACGUAGAUACCGCGGGCGCUGGCCAGGCCGCAGGGCCCGUGUGGAGGGAGGAGGCCGGGCUGGGCCCAAGGCUCCUGGGGGGCGAAAGCGGCGCGAACCCCGAGGGCCGCCCUGCGCUGGGCCCCAGCUGCCUGUCGGCUAUCCCCGCCCCAGUCCCGGCCUUGGCCCCGAUCCCCGCUCCAGGCCUGGGCCCUGCCGCGGCCUUCGCAGGCACUGUCACCAUUCACAACCAAAACCUGCUGUUGAGCUUGGAGAACGGCGUCCUCACUCUGGCCACGCCCCCACCGCCCGCCUGGGCGCCUGGGGUCGCCCCUGCCCCGCAGCCCGGGGGUCUGAUAGCCCCGCAAGCUGGGAUCCCGCACGCCGCGCAGCCUGGAGACUGUCCGGAGCUGCCGCCCGACCUCCUGCUGGCGGAGCGGGCAGAACCUGCGCCUGCCCCAGCGCCCAAGGAGGAGGCGGAGGGCCCGGCUGCUCUUGAGAGCCCCCGCGGGCCGCCAGGCCCUGGCCAGGGCGUGUUGCUGUACCUGUGUCCUGAGGUGCAAUGCGGACAAACCUUCGCCAAGAAGCACCAGCUGAAGGUGCACCUGCUGACACACAGCAGCAGCCAGGGCCAGCGGCCCUUCAAGUGCCCCCUGGGUGGUUGCGGGUGGACCUUCACCACCUCCUACAAGCUCAAGAGGCACCUGCAGUCACACGACAAACUGAGGCCCUUUGGCUGCCCAGCAGAGGGCUGUGGCAAGAGCUUCACCACCGUGUAUAACCUCAAAGCACACAUGAAGGGCCACGAGCAGGAGAACUCAUUCAAAUGUGAGGUGUGUGAGGAGACCUUCCCCACGCAGGCCAAACUCAGCGCCCACCAGCGCAGCCACUUCGAGCCUGAGAGGCCCUACCAGUGUGCGUUUUCCGGCUGCAAGAAGACAUUUAUCACAGUGAGUGCCCUGUUUUCCCAUAACCGCGCCCACUUCAGGGAACAGGAACUCUUUUCCUGUUCCUUUCCCGGCUGCAGUAAACAGUAUGACAAGGCUUGUAGGCUGAAAAUUCACCUUCGGAGCCACACUGGUGAGAGACCGUUCCUUUGUGACUUUGAGGGCUGUGGCUGGAACUUCACUAGCAUGUCCAAACUCCUAAGGCACAAACGGAAGCACGACGACGACCGGAGGUUCAUGUGCCCCGUGGAAGGGUGUGGUAAAUCUUUCACAAGGGCUGAACAUCUGAAAGGCCACAGCAUAACCCACCUGGGCACGAAGCCUUUUGUGUGCCCGGUGGAAGGUUGCUGUGCCAGGUUCUCUGCUCGCAGUAGUCUCUACAUUCACUCCAAGAAACACUUGCAGGAUGUGGACACUUGGAAAAGCCGAUGCCCAGUCGCCACUUGUAAUAAACUCUUCACAUCCAAGCACAGCAUGAAGACCCACAUGGCCAAAAGGCACAACCUGCGCCAGGAUCUCUUAGCUCAGCUGGAAGCUGCAAAUUCUCUUACACCCAGCAGUGAACUUACCAGCCAGGGGCAGAGUGACCUCAGUGAUGCUGAGCUUGUGUCUCUCUUCUCUGAUGUGCCUGGUAAUAGUUCUGCUGCAGUACUGGACACGGCAUUGGUGAACUCUGGGAUCUUGACUAUUGAUGUGGCUUCUGUGAACUCAACUCUGGCAGGAAACCUCCCUGCUAAUAAUAAUAAUUCCUUAGGGCAGGUGGUGGACCCUCAGGCCUUGAUGGCCACCAGUGACCUUCCUCAAAGUUUGGAUACCUCACUCUUCUUUGGAACGACAGCAGCAGGUUUUCAGCAGGGUCCCUUAGAUAUGGAUGAUGUCUCAAGUCUAAGUGCGGGGCCAUUGGCAUCUCUGAGUUCUUUGGCUGUGAAAAAUUCGAGUCAGGAGCCCCAAGCUUUGACCCCUAGCAGUAAGCUAACAGUAGACACAGAUGCUCUGACUCCUUCAAGCACCCUUUGUGAAAACAGUGUCUCAGAACUUCUGCCACCAACCAAAACUGAAUGGAAUGUACAUCCUGACUCUGACUUCUUUGCACAGGAGGAAGAAACCCAGUUUGGAUUCUCCAAUCCAGCAGGAAACCAUGGGUCUCAGAAAGAAACAGAUCUUAUCACAGUGACUGGCAGCUCAUUUUUGGUCUGAAGAAGAACAGAGCCCUGGGCUGCAAGUUUGGAGAUUUAAAUCUUGAUCUUAGAGUCUGGAACUGGCAGGUUGUGUGACCUUGAACAAGUCACUUAUCCUAUCUGAGCCUUAAUUUCCUUAUUUAUAAGAUGAGGUGGUUUGAAUAGAUUGUUCAUGAGGUCAUUUUAGCUCUAUUUUCUUGAGUUUGUGCUCUUUUGCGAAAAUUUUAGGACUUUUUACAAUGAUUAACAACUGCAUGUGCUGCUAAUGUAAGGAAAAGUGCACUGAGAGUUAAUGAUUUGAGAACAUGGAACUGGUGUUUAACUUUAAAAUUUUAGUCGAAAUUUUUUGCAGUGCCAAAAUCUCUCUAAAAUCUAGUGGUAGUGCUUAAAAAAGAAAGCUGAAAGUCUGGGUUAGCUCUUUUUACAUUUUUAUCUUUCUAGCCUCUUUUUUUUUUUUUUUUUUGAUGGAAAGCUGUGUUGGCGAAAGUGCCAAGUGUUUGAUAUGACUCAGAGUCAGAAAUAUUGACUUUGUGGUGUUGAAAAAGUGGCCUUAAAUAAGUCAUUUUCUCUUACUAACCCUUAUUUCCCUAGGUGUCAUGACUUCAUUGUAAUUUACACAUACCUGAUGCAUUGUAGACUUCCUUUUCUAUCCUAUUAGUUAGGUUUGGAGGGAAAAUGUUUUGUACUUUGGCAUGCUUUAGUGAAAUUUUAUGACCUUUUCUGCCCUCUCAUUCCCUUCUUCAAAGAGAAACAAGUAGCAUAAAUUAACAUCAUGUUGUGCAGACAAUAAUGUUUGAUGCAGGUUAACAAACAGAAAAGGGAAUCUCUGUCGCCCACAGAUUAAGGAAUUUUUACCACACAAUUCUGUGACUUUGCCAACCUGUUCAUUAGACCAGGACAGUGUUUUUGCUCUGCCUUCAAAGCUGUCUUGUAGAGUGACGGGAGAGCCUGUGGUUCCAAGAAAAUCUGGAAAUGGACCAGAAGAUUUUCUUCCCUCUGUGCUCCAGAGAGUUCACUGUUUGCCUUCUUCCAGAGUUGGAAUGAGAGAUUUACUUUGCAUUUUGAGUAAAUAUUAUGUCUUACCUGAGCAUAGCAUUUUAUAGUUUAUGUAGCACUUUCACAACUGUUAUAUUUGAUCCUCACGAUAUUUUGAGAUAAUUGUGGCAAAGUUGCAACUAUAAGUCAUAUUAAUAUUUACCUAACUCGUGUCUGUGUUUGUGUGUGUGUAUGUGUGUGUGUGUGUAUGCACAUCAACUUUCAUUCUACUCUUCAGAGUUUCAUGGUAACUUUUGUUUAUAACCACUUGUUCUGUUCCACCAUAAUUGAUGUCUGUUACCUUCUGCCAGCUCUGCCCCCUCUCUAAACUAUUCUCUCACAUGUGCAUUACAUUCCUUGCCAUGAUCUCUGUUUUUUUAAAUAGGUAAGUUUUUUUCAUGGUCACCAUCUCUCAGCCAUUCAGGACAUGGCCCAUUUUUUCAGUCCCAAUAUUUACUGCAAGUCUGAAUUAAGAAAUUAUUUUCUGGAAUUAGAGGUCAGAGUGUUUGUAAUAUGAAUCAAAUAAUAGUGAACAUAUUUUAUGUAAGGUUUUAGUCAGACAUGUAGUUUUUUAUUUUUCUAAUUUUUUUUUUUUACCAUGUAAUUCUGCUAGCAAACACUAUUGCUCUGAAGCAUUCUAAUCCAGUACUGUUUGUAUGUACGUUUGUCGAUAACAAUUAUCGUAGCACUUUGGCAGUGCACUUUAUAAUUUGCCAUCUUGAAAUGCAUCUGUACUGUCUAAUUUUUAAAUUGGUUGUACUCAUUCAGUGAAAAAGCAAAAAGUAUACAUCAGUUUGUAACCCAAAGAAAUGGUCAGAGUGUAAUUGUUUCUAACCGUUUAACAGUUCUCCCUCAGCACUUUCAAAAUAUUUUAAGCCCAUUUUAGAAAUGUGUUGUCAUCACUUAAGUCCAAGAGGAAGGUCUUAAGCAUCUGUUAAUAUAUAUAACCAUAAAGAUAUUUUAAAAUCCUGUCAUUUUGUUUCUUUUAUCCCUCAUUAAAAAUGAUCUUAAAAUAUGCUUUUGUUAUAUUCUAUGGCAUUGUCAAAGGACAGGCUCUAUUUUUCUUGAAGAUAAAAAUCUUGUAUUUAUGGGCCCAUAUGGUUUCUUUCAAUACCUUUUUUCCAAACUGACAGUGAACAUAGCAUGAAACUACAGUCAGAAAUAUCACUGCAAACAUUAUGGUUAAUUUUUGUUAGUGUUGGCAUAAAUUUGCCAUUCAGAAGAAAACAAUGGGGUAUGAUUUAAUAUUAUCUCAUUUGCUUUUUGUGCUUUUUCAGUCUUUGAUUUAUUAAAAUUUUACCAAUUGAAAUCCUAAUAACAAAAUACUUUGUAGAAAGGUUUGCAUCCCCAGGGUGUUCAUCAUGAGUUAAAAUACUUUUAUCUUGACAUUUUUACCUUGAUCUCACUAUAGUAUUACAUAAUUGAAAGCCUUGAGUAAUAGAAGUGAAACUUGAUAUAAGAGUCAUUUUUCUCUGGAUCAAAUACUUCAUAUUCCUAUCCAGGAAAAAUUAAAAAAGGGUGUUUAUGACUAUUCCUUGAUUCCAGAUAAAGCAUUAAUUCCCUGUUUGUGAAUAUCCAUAAUCCCUUAGUAAUUACUGACAUCAAACAGAUCCACUUGAUGAUUUGGUAAUAAAACCUAAUUUGGUUGCAACUCACUCAAACUAUUGAUAACAGUGAUGAUUGAAAUAUAAGACUGAGCUGAAAUUUAUGUAAUUCAUGGUUCUGAACAAAAGAUUUGCUUAACAGUUUUUUAGAAAGUGAAAUAUAUUAUGUACGUUUAGAGAACAGGUUAUCAAGCACUUUGUCAGAACACAACUAUAUAUUAAAAGCAAAACACUUAUUACAAAUGAAUUUUUUAUAUUUUUCAAGUCUAAGUUGAUUUGGUAACAUUAUAAACUUAUUGUAUAUUUCAUGCUAAUUUACUGCCUAUAUACAAAAUACAAGACAGAAGAGUACUAGGGAUUCAGCUAAGAGGAAUAAAAUGUGAGCUACUUCUUAAUUUUGGAGAGGAAAUGCGAAUUUACAUUAAAUAUUUCACAUCAAAACAAUAUCAGCAAGUGUGUUUUCAGACAUUAAAUUAAUGGCUUGAGGGAAGGAGGAGCAAUAGCUAUGCUUUAAUGUAUUGUUAGACUUAAUUACAUAGAUAAGAAAAUAGAUAAAUUCCAGUCAGGAAAAAAAAAGCACAAGGAAAGAAUUUGAAAUGCAAUUGGUCACAAAACACUUGGAAAGACAACUAGCUCAAAUGCAGGAUGCAUGUUUGAUAAGUGCUAGGUCUUAGGAUUAGAUUGCAAAUAUGGAACCAAUCUCUGAAGAACUAUGAAAACCAGUCACACUGGAUAGGACUUUAUUCUGGACAUGUUUAAGAGUCAGUGAAAAUAUUAAUAUUUAAGAAGAGAA